CACACGGAAAGAAUGGGGUACGUCAUUUCAACUGCAUGCCCCCCCCCCUUUCCCAUCGUCUCCGGCUAUGGUUUCAUUCAUCAGUGUCAUCUGAUGAACAAUGUCAGGUCUUUAUGCACGGUUUACUUGUGCAUUAUAUACUGCUAUCAAUUUUACCUUUUCAGUUGUUGUACAUGGACUGUUUUUCUUUUAUUAUUUUUAUCAUUAUUUUUUUUUUUAUAUAUUUUUGGGAAAUGGACGGUUAAUUAAUCUUAUGACUUAUUUCACAUCAUCUCACACAUAACUAUUCUUCAGACCCGUUGAUAAAUGCUGGAAAUAAUUGGAUCAUCUUUCACUCUUAUUCAUUUUUAGUUUAUCUACAUGUAUAUGAUAUAUAAUUGUGUUUAAUAAUUAAUACUUGAUAUGCAAUAUACAUAUACGUUUAUGUUUUAAAAUUAAUGAUAAGAUAUGAUUCAUUCUCUUGACUCCAUUGGGCAAUUGAAUGAAAUAUUUGUAACUAUAUAUACACUUGCCAUACAAAGGAUAGGGCGGUCAGUUGUCCCUGUACGUAGGCGACUUAUAAACAACGUAUUGCAGACCAGAGUGUCCAGCUGACCAUAUCUAACGUGGUCAUUUUAUAUCCACAGCGCUGAUGUACUACAACAAAAUACCAUUAGGAUGACCUUCUGUAAAUGAAUUUUUUUCAUUGAAAUAGUAUGUACAUACACAAACGUUUUCUCCAUCCAUCCAGACGGAAACACCAAAGAUCCCCUCAGUCGACGGGUUGCCAACAGAAAUAAGUUUUAUCUCUCAACUUCGCCAGUGCGCAACAGGCCGGCCGAUGGGCAGAGGCGAGUGUUCCGUUCAAAAGAAAUCACAAAUAUGUGAUUAAUGUCCAGCCUGAUUAUAGCUAACAUAUAGGAAAUCUCCACCUCCCCUGUAAUAACUAGCGUAAACACUCGGACUCAGUUCUCCGUGGACAUUCUAUUGAGAAGAGGUCAUUUACAGUUUCCGCAUUAUAAUUUGUCAAAUGGGAUUUAGAUACAAUUAUUUGCAGUUGGUUUGCGUACGAUGUAUAUGAAUGGUGUAGAUUGUAAGUGACCAUCUUCGCCAGUGACGUUUUCAGACUCGGACAAGCUUUUCUCGCAAUGGAAACUAAAACCAAUUUUGCCUAUUGUCGAUCAUGGAUUAUUUUAUGCACCAUCCUCAUUCUAGUACCAGCCUCCCGCGGACAUUUGCAAGAGGAAUGGAAAAAAUAUGUGGACUCUCAACUUCAUUAUCUACGCUCAGAAAUUUUACAGUAUGUAAAGGACCACACCCUCAUUGUAAAGACUUUGUCUGCCCUCAACUGGCAUUUGCUCACCCUGAAAAUGGAUAUCAAACAACUUGAAGUUGGGAGAAGUAUCUUAAGAGCAAGGAUGGACUACUCAGUUUCCAACGUGACCAAACAUAUUGAUACCAUCGAAGAAAAACUCAAAGAUUUGGAAGAACUUAUAUCAAGUCAUAAACAACCGACUGCGAAACCUGACUUGGGAACUUUGGAGAGCUCCGAGACGGUACAAAGACCGAUCCCAACUAGUACACUUAAACCCACGACUACGCCAAAACCGGCAACAAUUGCACCAACCACCACGCCUAAACCCACGACCACGCCUAAACCGACGACCACACCUAAACCGACGACCACACCCGAACCGACGACACCAAAGCCACAGGAACCAAAACUUCGUCUUGCCAAUGGAUCAAACGAAGGAGAAGGUCGUGUGGAGGUGUUUUAUAACGGACAAUGGGGCACGGUCUGCGCCGACAACUUCGAGCUGUACGAGGCCAAAGUCAUCUGUAAAAUGCUGGGAUUUUUGGGAGGAUCCGCCCGGUUGUACAAACAGUCCUUCGGUCCUGGGAGUGGCCCCAUUUGGCUGAGUUACCUCAGCUGUCGCGGAAACGAGCUGUCCCUAUUUGACUGUGGGUCCGGUGGAUGGGGUACGCAUAAAUGUAGUCACUACGAGGACGCAGGAGUUCACUGCUACUGAAGACAGUGUCCACUACAAUAAUGUCCACUACAACCACGGAGGUCAAGGACAAUGCUCAUCAAAACCAGGAGGUCAAGGACAUUAUCUCCUAAAGCUAUAUUCACCAACGUCAACUCUGAAAUGAAAGAAAAGAUAGACAAACAGUAGCGUUGUUAGAUGUGCGUGAUGUUUUUUAAAACUAUAGUGACGUAUGAUACUCUGUUAACUAAUCGAUAUCAUUUAUUGGAAAAUCCAAAGAGAUAUUCAAUGAUUGGAAAUCCUUCAGAGAGAGAGAGAGAGAGAGAGAGAGAGAGAGAGAGAGAGAGAGAUAUGUCAGUAUAUGAGGCACAUAAAUGUUUUGCUAUUGUUGAAACAUAUAUACACUAAAACAUGACCCCUCCCCAUUGCACGCCACACUAUAGGGUAUGGAACGCCAUGACUGCCUUGUGUGGAUGUGUUUCAUGAUGAUAUUGUGCUUUUUCGUUACAUGCUGUAGGUUUUUCGUGAUAAGAUGGUGCUUUUUUCUUUAUCAAGUAAUAAAAAAGCACCACUUUAUCAUGAAAGAACCACAGCAUAUAACGAAAAAGCACCACUCUUAUAAUCAAACACAUCCACAUAAGGCAGUAAUGGCGUUCCAUAAUAGAGUAUUUAAAAACCGCACAAGAUAAUAUAUGUUUUGUACAAAGUGCACUCACUCACUUGAAAUAUUAAUAAAGUCAAUGUUCUAAAA